UCAGUGUCAACUGACAUUAUGCCUGCUGUCAAGUGUGUGAUACGCGAUAAACUGGAACUUAUCAAUUAUCAAAAUUCAUAAACCCAUAUGAUAAGGAUUUAGUUUUCAGAAUAAAUAAUGUUUUUGGUGGGAUAAAGUGUACAGAAAUAAAUGUUUACGUGUUCAUUCUGUGAUAAAACUUUUAAAUAUGGGAGUGAAAAGAAAAGACAUGAAAAAAGUCAUAUACCAGAGUUUGAAUGUCCAGAAUGUUUAAAAAAAUUUAGUUUUGUUUCAGCAUUAAGGCGACAUCAGAAACAACAUGAAAGAAAAGAGCGUGUGAAUUGCCCGGAAUGUGGUAGAAGUUUCCGAGAUGAUACUUUACUCAAACGCCAUAUCAAAUACGCCCACAAAGAAGUGCAUAUAUGCACAAAGUGUCAAACAAAGUUUAACAGCCUCCAAGCAUUACAGUCACAUGAGAAAACACACAGACCUAAGUCAGAAAGGAGAUAUAAGUGUAGUUACAAUGGUUGUAUGAAAACAUUUAACUUUGCACAUCAUUUGAGAAAUCAUGAACUAACACAUUCUGGAGAGAAACAACACCACUGUAAUUUAUGUGGAAAGGGAUUUAUCCAACUUCAUCAUUUGAAAACUCACUUAAGGAGUCAUCAGCCUAAUUCUUGGUUGAAAUGCAUCCCAGACUGCGGCAAAGUAUUUACAAAUGAAUAUGCUUUAAAAAGGCAUAUUGCUACACACAAACACAAAGAAAUAGACACUCAAUGUAAUACAAUAACUACAAAUGCUUGCUUAGAUUUAAAGCAGGAGAUAAUUGAAGCUGAACGAAUUCAAAAAUCAGAUAUAAAUAAAGUGUUUACAAAAGAGGUAGAAGACUGGUUUGAUAAGUAUCAAUUUAGUGAAGAGUUAAAUGGAAAGGAAAAUAAUGUAAUAGAACAAAACAAUGAUGUACAACAUAUACUUCUUCCUAGUAAUAAUAUAGAUAAUGAUAAAAUUAUAUUUAAUGUAGAUAAAAGAACUACAAAGUUAUUUGAAAAGAAAAAUUAUGAGAGUAAUUGUAGUAGUUGUGCCUGUGAUAAAUUAAUUAAGAGUAAUCAAAAAAAUAACAUGCCAGCACUAAAAUACAAUAGUGAUGGAACAAUAAAAAUAAAAGAAUUUAUAGAUGAAGACAUUUUAAUAGAAAACAAAAGAAAUGAUAUAGUAGAAGAAAAAGAAGAGCAUAAAAGUGAAUCUAGUAAUCAUUUAAUUCCAUACAAUAGUUGCAAAGCUAUUCUUGGUAAAUGUAUUGUUUCUGGUAGUGGAACUAUCAGCGAGGAAUGCCUAUGUGCGAAAAUGGCCAUUGAUGAUCAUAACCCAAUGAUUUCUCAAGAGAUUGAUGAAUUAACCCCACAUCCAGCUAAAUCUAUGGCAUAAAGUGGGUAAAAAACCUACAAUGAUGAAAAAAGACAUAAAUUUGCAUUCUGCUUUCCUUUAUAUAUUUUUACGAAGGAAUAGUGAAGAAAAUAAUAGAUGAAGAUUAAAAUAAGUUUACAAGAUAAGGAAGGUUGGGGUGUACAACUAUAAAUGAAAUAAAUUUCCAUAUUAUUAACUUUAUAUUUAUUUACAACAUAUUUCUUUACAGUUUCAACCAUAUUAUACAAAAUAUAUCUCAGUUAACAAGAACUACUAUAAUUAUUAUUAUUUUACAAUCAGACCUCACUUCCAUAAUAAAUCACUAUGUUAAAUUAAAAUAUACUUUAUGUACGAAUGGAAUGUAGCUACAGGUAUGCGGAAGUUAUCACAUCACAAUAUUCCAUGGCAAAGGAGCUUUUAACACAAUAGUGUAUGUUUUUGAUGCCACAGUAAAACUUAAAUAUAAGUAGUGCCCAUAGAAGGAAUAUGAUAUAUCAAUACAAUAUAAUUAUCUAUGGUAACAAAUCAAACAAUUUCAGGUAUUUACGUCAUUGUAUAUGUUUUAAUCAAUAUCGGUAAAUAUAUAAUCAUGAUUGAUGUAUUUUAGUCAAAGGUGCAUC